CUUCGACCUCAUCAAUGGAGUAUGUAAUCUCCCAUUGUGCUUCCAUUCCCAAGGGGAAUAGCAGCUACUAUAUAAUUCCCAGCAACAUAUCAACUAACGCAACACCCCAGGAAUCCGUCGACGUACCCAAAUCCCUCCCAGACUGGCUCGUUCCCGAAUCCAAGGCCCACCUCGUGCAAGCCAGCCGCGCGCUCACGGGCUCGCAACCCGCCUUCGAAGCCGUCGAAGACGACGACGACACCCCCGGCCUGCGGGACGGCUUCGACUGGUACAUGUCGCCGGGGGACAAGUCCAAGUACGAGGAGAUCUACACCGCCAACCGGGACCACCAGGGCAACAUAUCGUUCGAAGCGCUGAACGGGCUCUUCGACUCGCUCGACAACGUGCCGGACUCAGACGUGCGGUUCGCAUGGAACCUCGUGAACCCGAAGGCGAAGGAGUCGGUCGGCAAAGACGCCUGCCUCGCCUUCCUCCACAUACUCAACCAGCGGAGCGAGGGGUUCCGCGUGCCCCGCAGCGUUCCCCCGAGCCUGCGGCAGAGCUUCGAGAAGGCGCACAUCGACUACGACGUCGAGCGGACGGGCCAGCGGUGGGCGGAGCGCGCCGACGACAACACGGCGGCGGGCAAGAAGGCGAAGUUCGGCGAUGCGUAUCUAACGCGGCUGGGGGUCGGCGACCGCGCGGGCAGCUACGGCGCGAAGGCGCGGGGCACGGAUUUCGGGGGACGCACCACGGAGGACUGGGAGGAGGUGCGGCUGAAGAAGCAGCUGAGGGAGCUGGAGGAGAAGAUGGAGAGGGUGGAGAAGGAUGCGGAGAGGAGGCGGGGCGGGAAGCGGGAUUCCACGCCCGCGCUCGUGAAGCGCGAGCUCGAGACGCUGCUGGACUACAAGCGGGGCGUGCUGCGGGAACUGGAUAGCGGGGACGGCGGCGCGGUGAAGGGGCUCGGGAGCAUCAGGGAGGAUAUCCAGACAGUGCAGGAGCAAGUCGAUGGCCUGCAGAGCCAUUUGGAUAGGAGGCAGGAGGUCCUGGCAGACCUCAGGAGGCAGAUCGACGACGAGAAGGCGAGUCGAUGAGGGAGGAGGAGGAGCUUUUGGGGUUUGAUGUGUUUAGAGGAAAGUCACAUUUGCCAUUUUUUUAUUCUUCUUCUUUUGAGCCAGGAGAGUACGAGCAUCAUCAAUAAAAGAUUGCAUCUGCCAGUUCUACAUACCAGCGCCUGACUUUGUUGCAUUGUUCCCUCAUAUAGACAUAGCGGUUGUACAUUCACGGCGUACUUAUGAACCUUUUGCAACACUAUGCAGGCAAGAUGUGACUGAUAGGCACUGAAAGACUUAAGGCAGGACGGACGAUUUGUGGUAUGUUAGGAUACAUUGGUCGAACUCGGGAGCCGAUGUAUAUGACUGUUAGAAUUUUGGUGUAGUGAGUGCG